AUGGCUAGUCACUUGUCAGCAACAAGACAAGGAAUGGAUCAUAUCACAACAAAGAGAGAACGAGAUUCUCCACCAGCAAAGGAGCAGCGUCAACAGACCAAGCAACAAGGUGACAGCACACCAUCUUCUUCUACUACCUAUGAGAACAGCAGGGCGGGGCAUGAGGUGCAUCAUUCCCUCCGCUACCCACAUGCAUCCAUUCAUCCCCACCAUCCAUUUCCCACCCUGCCCUACAUGAUUGACCCAAGGACAAACUUCAUUGACCCUAGAUAUGCUAUGGAUGGUUGCAUAGGGUAUCAUCCACCUAUCCCUGUCAAUUCUAGAACACAUGAGGGCAGGUAUCACUUUGACCACAUGCAUCAUCCUCUACACGGCCACACCCCUGGCAGUAGUCCAGUACUUUCUGAUGUAUCAUUAAUCCGUCUCACACCUCAGCGUAGUGGUUUGGGUAGCCUUGCUGAGAGUCCUAUCUAUCCUUACUAUGCUGUACCUCCAUACGUAGAUCAUCUUCAUGGUAGUCCAGCCCUCUCCAUGUUAUCACAUGCCAGAGGCAUUAGUCCCACAGGCUCAAAUUCAGACCUACAUCCACCCAGUACUGCAGGCAGCAUCGAUCAUCCAGCAUUGGACUUCAGUUCAGUUGAAGGUAAUUGGUGA